UCAAGAGCGGUAACCCCGAGCUACACUCGGACUUACCAUGCGGCGUUGCUCAGGGGGUCCCUGCAGCACUUAUCUUGUCCUUCGCUCCCGCGAUGUGUCCCCUGCAGCGUCCCCGGCCAUCUCCUCCGGCCGAUGCCGGCAUCCAGCUUCCGUGUUCCGGUCCCUGUGACGUCUGGAUGUACGGGAGCGCCGGAACCGGCGGCAAAUUUGAAAUUUUUAAAAAAUUUAAUUUUUGCUGUCAUUGCUGUUUCAAUGCUUUGUCCUGUGCCCUGCCUGCAUUUUGACUGUUAUUUC